AUUUAAAUCAUCUUAUCUAAGUGAAGAAAGCAAAAUCUGAAGUCAUUUAUUUUGCGCAGUUUGCUAAACUUGUAAAGUAAUAUUCCGAAAUAUUUUGUGAUCGUUGAUCAAAGACAUGAAUCGUUUGCUUAUUAUAAUUUGUUUUUUCAAAUGUUUAUUGUGUUACACCCCAGUUGUAAGGGUUGAAGAAGGUGAACUUGCAGGAACUUCUCAUGAGUUACCUAAUGGACGUAUUGUUAACGCAUUUUUGGGAGUUCCAUACGCAGCUCCACCAAUUUUCAAGCAUAGAUUCAAGGAGCCACAAAAAUUGAAACCGUGGCUUGGUGUAUGGAAUGCAACAAAACCACUCAGUCGUUGUUUGCAAAUUGACGCUCUGGAGCCUUACUCAAUUCUUGGGGAAGAAGAUUGCCUUUAUUUGAAUAUCUUCACACCGAAGAUUCCUGUUAACGAUGUUGAUCCUUUAAUGGAUGUCAUGGUCUUUAUACAUGGAGGAGCUUUCAUGUACGGCGGUGGAGAUAUCUUUUACCCUGACUACAUUUUACAAAAUGGCGAUAUUGUAUACAUCAGCAUUAAUUAUCGACUGGGAGUUUUAGGGUUUUUUAGCACUGACGAUAACGUUGCUCCUGGAAAUUAUGGACUUAAGGAUCAAGUAGCCGCGUUAAAAUGGAUUCAGCGUAAUGUUAUUCACUUUGGUGGCAAUCCUUCCAGUGUUACAAUUGUUGGAUUAUCUGCUGGUGGCGCCAGUGUGCAUUAUCACUUCGUUUCUCCGAUGAGUGAAGGACUUUUCCAAAAAGGAGUUUCAGUAGGCGGUACUCUAUUGCCUCCAUGGACAUUGCCUAGAAAUGUGACUCAAAAAUCCACCCAUUUAGCAAAUUUGGUUGGCUGUCCAACCAAUAGCACGAAAGAUAUGGUGAAAUGUUUACGAAGCAGACCAGCGAGAGCUAUAACAGAGCAAAUGAGGAACUUUAUGGUUUGGAGAUUCUGCCCAUUUACUCCAUUUGGACCCACAGUGGAACCAGAUAGUCCAAAUGCAUUUUUAUCCACACAUCCUCUAGACUUAUUGAAAAAUGGCAAAGUUAAGAACUUACCUUGGAUGACAAGUGUUACAGAAAAAGAAGGGUUGUAUCCAGGAUCAGAGUACAUUCCUAAUGAUGCUGUUCUGAAAGAACUGGACGAAAAAUGGCAUGAAAUAUCGCCAAAUUUACUCAUGUAUAAUUACAGUGUGCCAGAGCAGGAAAAAAAUAUAAUUAGUGAUGCAAUUAAAAAAUUCUACUUUGAAGAUGAGUCGAUUUCCAGAGAAACAACGAAUAAGCUGAUUCAAAUGCUCGGAGAUAGAUUGUUUUAUAAUGAAAUUUUCACAGCAGCUAAAAUACACAAUUUAGCCGUUUCAACGAAUGUAUAUUGUUAUAAAUUUAAUUAUCGAGGAAAAUACAGCAUUACAAAUAUAUUUUCAAGCAACUAUGAGAACUAUGGAACAGCUCAUUCUGAUGAUCUAUUGUACGUGUUGAAAUAUCUUCCUACAAGUUCCGAAGAAAACGAAGAUGAUAAGUCAAUGACCAAAUUCAUGUCGUCUAUUUAUCUAAACUUUAUGAAAACUGGGAACCCUGCGUUUGGAAUCGAUGCAUGGAAGCCAAUUUCAAAAAAUCAAGACGGUAAUUUGACUUGUUCAAGUAUUAAUUUCCCUAAUGAGAUAGAUUUUGGAGACAUAUCAAAUCCAGCCAUAAGUAAAUUCUGGGAAAGGACACUGUCUUAUGAAUAUAGCAUGAAGAAUCCUGAGUAUUAAAUUCAACGAAUAGAUUCGUAUCGUAGGUAUCUUAUCAAUAACUCGUCGAAAAAAACUACGUUCCAAACUUUCAAAUUACUGUGAAGCAGUGCCCAAAGGCCAAAUUUGAUAAAGAAGUAAAAAAAAAAUGUAUUACACUUUUUUGUACAUAUGUUUAAAGAAAAGUAAUUUUAUAAAAUUUUAAUAAGAUAUCAGUAUACAUUA